AAAAAAAAAAAGAUAUACUAAGAGAGCUCUCACAUAACCAAAAAAAGUUUUGAGGAAACCCCAAAUCCACAAACCCCACUUGCAAUUUCUCUCCCCAUCUCCCAUCGCUCUCUCUUUCGUUUUCUUCGGCUGUGAAGCAACAGGAACUGCACAAAUCCUUGUUUAGCUCAUCUUCUAUUCCUGGAUUUGCACAAAAAUCUCUUAAAUUUUCGGUUUUUUUGUGUGGAGAAAAGAGACGGAAUCUCUCGAAUGCAAUGUGAGGAUCAACGAAGAAGAAGACAAGCAAUAGUUUCUGUUUUCUCUGCGAGGCACGAUAAUGGUGGCUGCGGCAAUUUCCAGCACUGACCCGAGAAACCCACCUCGAGAUCGACAAGAAAAACCUCAAUCCGUCGCCAACAAUGGCGGGCAAAGAAGACCCAGAGGCAAACAGGUUCCUUCUCGCUACUUAUCUCCUUCUCCUUCUCACUCCGUCUCCUCCAACACCACAACCACCACUACCACUACCACUACCACAUCUUCCUCCUCGUCUUCUUCGUCCUCUGCAAUACUGAAGACAAGUAAACGAUACCCAUCGCCUUUACUCUCUCGCCCAACGAAUUCCGCUUCCAAUUCGAUCAAAACGCCGUCGUUGUUACCCAAAAGGUCGCAAUCGGUAGACCGUCGCCGACCCUCGGCGGUUCCGGUCACUGUAGGUACCAGUGGCACCGAAAUGUCGGCGGCGACUAAGAUGCUUAUCACUUCCACCAGGAGUUUGUCUGUUUCCUUUCAAGGUGAAGCUUUUUCGCUCCCGAUUAGCAAAAAGAAGGAGGCCGCUACGCCUGUUUCUCACCGGAAAUCUACCCCGGAGCGGCGGAGAUCGACGCCGGUUCGAGAUCAGAGGGAGAAUUCAAAGCCAGUGGACCAGCAUCGCUGGCCCGGAGCUUCUCGGAGGGGAAAUUCCGAUUCGGUUGUGCCGAAUCCGCUUUCUAGAAGCUUAGACUGUGGCAGUGAUAGAGGAAAGCUCGGAUCUGGGUAUGUGGGUAGGUCAAUGUUGCACAGUUCGAUGAUUGAUGAGAGUCCUAGGGUUUCUAGUAAUGGAAGGCUGAGUUUAGAUAUGGAAGGUAGGGAUGAAUAUUUGGAAACUGGAGAUGAGAGCCAGAGAAGAAGACCAAACAAUGGUUUGACGUCUAGCGUUUCCUGUGACUUCAAUGCUUCUGAUACUGACAGUGUUUCUUCUGGUAGCACCAAUGGUGUCCAGGAAUGUGGCUCUGGUGUUAAUGGUGAAAUCUCUAAAUCAAGAAGCUUGCCUCGUAAUAUAAUGGCUUCUGCUAGGUUCUGGCAAGAGACUAACAGCCGGCUAAGGCGGCUGCAGGAUCCGGGCUCGCCGUUACCCUCUAGCCCGGGCUUGAAAACAAGUAGCAUAUCAUCAAAGUUUGGUCUUUCGAAACGGUUUUCUAGCGAUGCUGUUCCUUUAUCGUCUCCUCGUGGUAUGGCUUCCCCUGUAAGAGGUGCCUCUAUUCGCUCUGCUUCACCGAGUAAGCUUUGGGCGACUACUACUUCAUCUCCAGCUAGGGCGCUCUCGAGUCCUUCUCGAGCGAGAAAUGGAGUUUCUGAUCAGAUGAACGCUUAUCACCGCAACAACUCGCCUUCGAUUCUUAGUUUCUCUGCUGAUAUCAGGAGAGGGAAAAUUGGGGAGGACCGUGUUAUGGAUGCGCAUUUGCUGAGGCUUCUGUAUAACCGUUAUCUGCAGUGGAGGUUUGUCAAUGCGAGGGCAGACUCUACUCUAAUGGUGCAAAGGUUGAACGCAGAGAAAAAUCUGUGGAAUGCAUGGGUAUCUAUCUCGGAACUGCGCCACAGCGUUACGUUAAAACGGAUCAAGUUGCUUUUGCUAAGGCAGAAAUUGAAACUAGCUUCUAUUCUGAGGGGACAGAUGGGUUAUCUAGAAGAAUGGUCUCUUCUGGACAAAGAGCAUUCAAGUUCUUUGUCGGGAGCAACCGAAGCCUUGAAAGCCAGCACGCUUCGUCUACCAAUUGUUGGAAAAACCGUGGUUGAUAUCCAAGACCUCAAGCAUGCUGUUAGUUCAGCUGUCGAUGUAAUGCAAGCUAUGUCAUCUUCCAUAUUCUCGCUUUCCAUGAAGGUGGAUGAAAUGAAUUCUGUGAUGGUUGAAACCGUGAAUAUAACUGCAAAGGAAAAGGUUUUGCUUGAAAGAUGCCAAGGUUUCUUAUCCAGAGUAGCAGCUAUGCAGGUUACAGAUUGUAGCAUGAAGACGCACAUAAUACAACUAAGUCGGAUACCAAUCACAAGCAGCUUGACUUCACAACUGUAGAAAGAAAAAACUGAUAUGAUCUUCCUCAAGAGAACAGAUUUGUUCUUUAUGACUACAACUACUCUCACCAAGAACAGAUUUGCUAACACGGGCCUUUUCCUCCCUCGAAUCCCGACCUUAUCGUUUUCAAACCAAGAUUAAGGUGAGAUUCGCAGGUUUAUUAUCAUCACCAUCAUCUCUCUCUUGUUUCUCAGUAGUUCUACGUUUGCUUUUUAAUGUAAGAUUGCAGGUAAUGUCUCUAAAGUAAGUAAGUUUAGUUUUGUAUACAAAAAGAUUUUCUAAUGGCUCUUUGGCUUGUGUAUAUAUAAAGCUGUAGUAUGAAUCACACUGAUUUUGUCUUUUUUUUCUUUAGUUCUAGAACUUGUCGCCGUUUUUAAUGUUAAUGUUUAAGAUGUCAUGUCGUUUUAAGUUUCCAUCAAUCUCAACGUGUUGUUGUCUGUGUUUUGAAAAGCAUUGAAGGGAAUCUAAACCCUAAAAGCAAGUACAAGUAAAAGAGGACACUCUCAAC